UAUUACAUGUUAAGUUAAUUCCCUCACCGAGAUGUGUUCAGUAUUCUGCUUUAGGACCUGAGAUCGUAUUAUCCAGGAGACCUAGUCGCGUUCGCCUGCGAACACGCAAAUUGUCGAUUCACAGCCAAAAUCCUAAACACAGCUAGGAGAGAUUUAUCACGAUGGAACUUUGGGCCCGUUCCUGAGAACAGAUCGGAUCGACAUUAGCGGUGAAUACGAGGUCCAACAGACAUAUAUAUUGAGUUUCUGCCCUUGAGAAGCAGAGCUCAUUUAAAACCACUGGCACUGUGAGGUCAUGGUAUUGAUAUAGCUUAUCUUAACAACCAAGAUGGGAUACUGGGAGGUUCCUUGUCAAUUCUGCGGCGUGAGCUUCAACAUCAGCCGCAUCCGCUCCAAAUGGGAACCGAGGUCAGCGGCUUUCGGCCCCGGUGGCCGUGGAGGCUGGAUCGAGGGACGAGACUUCACAUGGGAUGAAGAAGACGAGGAAGAGCAAGCGAUAUAUCAGAGCGAAUACGAGCGUUGCUCAUCCGAAACGGGAUGCUGUAUGGCUCUCCGAGGUCCUGAACUUUAUGGGAAUUUUACCCCGAAGCCGCGGUUAUAUGCUGAUGAUCCUGUGGGUGGUAUUCAUCGGUGUGAUCCCAACUAUGAAUAUCAGAGUGAGCCUGAUAACGAACCUCUGGAAUACGACUCAGAGGCGUGCGAUGGCGACGAUGGAAGUAUGGAUAUGCGCCGCAAUGAAUAUACAGAGGACCCGGAGUGGACGUUCAAGGUACAAGGGCCUGAUCAGCCGGAAUAUGACACUGAGUUCUACCCCCUUUCGACAAAAUUAGGCGAGAGCCUCUAUAUCAUCAACGACAAUGGCUCCAGAACGAUGAACCGGGAGGCCUACAACAGGUCCAGAUGCUACGAGCAUAUUGCUGGUCCUGACUGCCGAAAUAUCCUGGGAUACCUGGGGAGGAAUAUCUCCACUGAAGAAAUGAGAGGUUGCCAUACUGUUCAGUGUAUUCUUGCAAAGCGACAAGACUGGGAACCUCGACCGGAUGAUCUCGCCUUCGAACGGGAAAGUCAAUAUCAUCUCACAGGCGUCGCAGAGAUCAUGCCUUCAUCAGGAGAUGGGUUGAAGUUUGCUCCGGUCCGACACGGCGUCGAUAAUAUUCGAGCGGAAACUGAAUUUCUGCUAGAAACGUCUCAGGAAGAACUAAACGAGACCGGGCUACCGUUUCAUCCAGCGUGCUUUGAACUCUUUAUUCAGGCAAGCAAGCAGUGUCUCGGAGACGUUGAUAUAGACACGUUGGUUCGGAUUCGUGACAGAGCAUGUCUGGAAAGCCAACCCUUUCCAAUUGAAGACCACGAGCAUGCCAGAGCGGGGCAAGAGCAGUGCUGGAACCAUAACGUCGGGCACGAAUACCUCGUCGCCAAUCCCAUCUUUGUCCCCUCGCUGAAACCGAUCAUCGAGUCCGCUAUUUCCGCAGACAGAGGAUUCAGCGUGCACAACAGCCCUUUCGACACCAGGAAUCAAACAAAUGCCGCCUCAACCGCUCAAGAUCAUUUCCUCGCAUUGCCCAUUGAAAUCAUUCUAAUUAUCAUUGACCACCUUGAUUCCAGAGAGAUCGCGGCCCUCCGUCUCGUAUCACGCGCCUUCACACACUUACCAAAUUCUCUCUGGUAUCGGCUGGUGCUUAGGGAGAUGCCAUGGCUGUAUGAAGCGUGGUCUUCGGAUCCGACGCCAUACCACUGGGCUACUGUAAUCGCCCACGAUGCACAUCAAGAAAAGGAAGCUCGGGAAGAGUGGGACCGUGACGUGGAGAAACAAAGUCUUGUCAUCGCCGACGAGAUGCCUGAAGUUCAGACUUUAAGGCAGCAAAGCCAGCCGCAGUGGCAAUGGCCGGAUCACCCGGACAGACUGGAAGUUCUUGGUUUGAGUCCGGUCAAAUUGAAUUAUAGUAGUACGAACUGGUACCAACUGUACCGUGAUAUUACUCUCAAUUGGAGGCAGCUCAAGGGGCUACAGAAUCGCGCCAGGAUUUGGGAUGCCAUCACGCAGAUUGUUGGGGCGAUCAAGGAUGCGCGUGAGAAGCGUCUGAAUGAGGGUAGCAGUGAUGGUAUAGUUUAGUCUAAAUGUACAGAUAUGUGACAAAUCUAUCAGGUACCAUAGGUGGGAGGUGGAUUCUUGUCGUAUAGGAUCUAUAAGUCCUUUCCUAGAUGGGAACUAUGGAUUGGGACUUUACGGAUACAACCCUUUUC